AUGCCGGCCAUUGGCUCGAGAAUCCAAGUCUCUGGUGGAUUCGACCCGACCGACAACUCGGCCGGUGAUCAAGACAGACCCAACACCCCCAAGACCCAGGACGGGACUCAGGACCCUGAUGUCGGAUGGAGAAAAACCAGAAAACGGUUUGCUGGGUGCGAAGCUGGUGAGAGGAGAGAGAAGAACCAAGGCUUGCAAGCACCUCAGCAGGCAGACCCUAGGAGUGGAGGGCAGUCCUGGACAGGCAUGUCACCGAUACCACUAGGCGCCACCAUCUCUGCAGUAGCGCUGCUUUUUCAGUGCCGCCAAUCUGGAGUGCCCCCGUGCAAGGUGCAGCUCGUGGUUGGAUUGCGCCGGGAUAUCUGGAUAGGAAGAAGCAGCAGAAAGACGUCGUCGCUCUUGUUGUUGUUGUUGUCGGUCGAAAACUCUUCACCUCACCUCACCUCAGCCCAACCCCUCACCCUAAUACCUAUCUCGCCAUACAUAAUACAGAAGGGCUCCACUCGGCUUCACCUCGCACACCAGACCGAACCACACCACACCUACCCAACUCAACCCUUCCCCGCACCCGUGUUCGACUUCACUCUGUCGCUUGCUUGGGCACCCGUUCCGCCGGCCGCCUUUUUCGACAGAAAUCCGAGAGCCCCCCCGGAUAGGGUCCGAACAGUCUGGUCUCCCGCCGGCCACCACCAUUCCCGCUUCGCCAGGGUUUAA